AUGAACACGUUUCACGAUAUUUCACGGAGCUUAACGGUGAUGGUAAGCUGCCUCGCCAUUCUGGCCGAAUGCAGCCCGAAGUUCGACGACGGGGGCUUCGUGCCGAGCUCCAUCAGUUACAUGGAGAAGCAGGCGAAGGCGCAGGAUCAAGUGCCGCCGUCCCAAAUUAAGCAGCGCGAGGAGGUGUCGAAACGCGAAUCCGAGACGAACGACAUUACGGACCGCAACCAAGAGGCGCGAUUCGGCUUCACCAACGUCGGAAGCACAGGAAGCGGCUACGGCGUGUCGCCUUACGCACCGGCCAAGAUCGAUCUCGGCGGGCUUCUCUUGGGAGCCAUCAUAGGCGUUGGAUCCAUCCUCAUCAUCCCGAAAUUGCUUUACAUCCUGUCGGGCUCUUAUGGCUCGUACGCGAGAAGUGAGGACAACGGGUUCUCCCAGACCCUGACGAGGAUCGACGACGUCCUGGCGCGCCAUGGGAUCGACACGACGUCGUGCAUGCAACGCGCGGUCUGCACGUACACGCAGCGGGCGGCGAACGACGGGACCGGAAGUGGAAGCGGAAGCGACGGGGACGAGCAAGGGUCGUCCUUCGACAGGAUGGUGAACACCAUCACCACGAAUCAGGUGUUCCGCACCGCGAUGCAGGGCACGGCGAUCGACGAGGCGGUGGAGGCCGGCAGGGCCGGCCGCAGCUGCAUCAGGUCGUACCCUCACUGCGGAUUCUCGAUGGAGACGAUGCUGUCGCUGCUGGCGAACGUGAUCGCCGCGGCGAACGCGGCGCGCGCCCCGACGCCCACCGCCGCCGCCUCCUCGUUGUAACGACGAUUAAUUUAAUUAGCUUUAGGUAAAAAAAUUAGGUGAAGUCGCGGACGAUCGUAGCUUAAUAGCGAAAUGAAGAGAGAAAGAGAGAAAGGGUCUACUUCACAGGGACGAAAUAAUGAAGAAGGAAGUAACGAGAAUCUUCAUUAAAAAAUGUAUUGUUGACGUAGGAUUACUUUUCCGUCAUAGACAGCGAGAUGUAAAUCACCCGAUGAUACUAGUGACAGGAUCGAUAGUGACGAUGAGUGACGAGGUAAUGCUAAACAAGGAUGUUAAUUAAUUAUCUAUUAAUUUCGUAAAGUACACACUGCGACUGUUAUUAUUAUUGUCGAUUACUACAAAGAGACUACUGAUCUCCAUACUAACAAACUGAAUAAAGCUCGUCAAACAGAUUCAACUGAUCGUUUGAAGAUUUUCGGAUUUCCGAAACGUACAAAAGACAUUCAUGGAGUACCUUAGAAGUAUAGACGGAGUAUUUUAAAAUACCUUUUCACAUUAUUCUUGAAUAGCGUAGCAAACAUUUCAAAGUCGGUCGAGGAUAUAAUAAGGAUCGCUUGAGCGUAACUUUUGUGAGAUUUAAGAGUUCAGUGCAUACAACGAUAGUCUCAUCUUUAUUUCACAGAAAAUUACAUGUAUGCGCGCGCGAGCGUAUGUGUGUGCAUGUGUGCUUAUUAAACCAGCAAAAGUGAAACCCCUAUAUAUAUAUAUAUAUAUAUAUAUCUUGACGCAGAACCCCAUGCGCUCAGGUGACACGCUCUCCUUCAUCCACUACGUAGAAAACGUUAAAAUUCUCUCUGUAUAUGGCUUUCACAUUGAGGAAAAUAGAAUCAGCUAGAGUCGCGAUACGGUCUCGGCGCAUCGCCCUCAACAUCUUUCAACAAUCAGUACAGGCACUGCCCAUGACGGCGACGU